AUGAUUUGUAAUCCACUAGAAUCCCUUGAUCUUGACUGCAGUGCACGCGAUAUCGAGGAUUAUUUUGAACGUCUUGAGAUUUGGCGGUUGACCCGUUCAAAGCCCAAUGAGGAAAAUAAAUCCGCUUUCUUUUUGAAUGCUGCCUGUAAAAAUGCUUAUACAUUAAUCAAAAACUUGGCUCAUCCUUCGCCACCUGUUUCUGUAUCGUACGAUGAUUUAAAAUCCCUCCUCUUACAGCAUGUGAUGCCAACGAACUUCGAAGCCUCAGAACGAGCAGACUUUCACUCAAUGGUACGCAGUCCGAAUCAGGGCAUCCGUGAAUUUAUCCUGGAUUUUGGAGACUUAUUGGACAUGCAAUUGAAAGAUCGGCUGAUCGCUGGCAUUAACAAGACCGUUUUGCAGAAUGAACUUCUGAAGCUAUCCAAUUCGACGUUUAAAGAUGUGCGGGCUUAUUGUGACAAUAUCAGGACAUUCGCGCCGCUACUUCAUCCAUGCCGUCCACCAUUGAACCUACAGCCAUGUUUAAUUCACUCAGGACUAAAUCCACGAAAGCUCAUACUACAGGCGGACGUUUCACACCGUUUACACAAUCUAACUCACACAAUGUGA